AUGUUCGCUCGCUCGGUGCGAUGGUUCGGCGCUUCUGCUACCCCGAGGUUGAAGACGUCCAUUCUACGGCACAUUCGAAUUCGCCCCAGUGGUGCAGUAGGUCAUCCAUCGAAACCCGCUGAUGCGUCCGCAAACGAUCACAAGGAGGGCGAGUCUUUUCUCAAGAUGCUUCCUGACGACGCACAACGCAAUUUUGUUUACGAACCGGUCUAUGAACACCCCACCGCCCGUUGGUCACAGGUUCCGGAUGUUCCUCCUUUGCCACCUCGGCCGCCAUAUCCGUGCCCAUUCCUCACGCAGGAGGAUAUCACAACAUACCUUGUACCUCUUUACCACCACGGGUGGAUCAUCGGCAACGCUGAAGUCCUGGCCGACGACUGCUUUGACAUCACAAACUCGACGAACGUGUACGUGCCCCAGCUAGGGAAGCUGUUCGAGGGCUUCGUCAAAGAGGACAGCGCCGUCGCCUUUGCGAAGGCGCUUAAGGAUCUGCAAAAUCGCGAGAAACACCAUGCGGAUGUCUGUCGCACCUCCAACACCGUCCAAGUCCUGAUGCACACUCACACUGCGCUGCCGCCGCCGCGCGCCGCGGACGAUGCUGUGCCUGACAUGGAGCGCGUAUGUCCUGGGCUCACGCUCCGCGACGUGCACCUUGCUAUCGGUAUAGAAAAAUUAUUCGCAGAGUUUCGCGAGCGCGGGGAAGCAAAGGGCUGGAGCCAGGUCUCGCUGCACCCCGUGCGCUUCCAGCCACAUACACCUGAGGAGAUCAAGGAGUACGGAAGGAUGCCCCACAGGAAGCCGCGGGAGACGUACUCAACCCGCCAAUCCCGUGAAUGGAUGCGUAAGAUGUACAUACGGCGUGAAGAGACCGGCAAGAUGCACGGGGGAUCGGAUCGUCCGGUGAGAAAGCCUGCGAAGAAGAAGCGGAGGAGAAGCAGAGCUCAUUGA